UCAAAAUUAUUCUGCCUCGAUUAGAUUCUCAGUACAUUUUUGGACAAAAAUGAAUUUUAUCCAGUGAAACCCAUCCACUUUAGUGAAAACCCUAGCUAUCCCCCCGAAGUGAACCAUGACCGAGCGCAUUUGUGAUAGCAGACUGAGAAAACAGCCAUCCUCGCUGUACAAUACGUGUAUUCGAUAUGUAGCCCGCAAUCUGAAAAAGUAUAAACACAUCGAGUAUCUGGAACUGAUACCGCCGCUGAUUAAAAAUGCCCUGACACUGAAUGCAACCCGAGUCCAGCGAGGCUUCCACGAUGACGAACUGCUGGCAAUGCUAUUGAAUCGUUCGCUCACCCGAAUAAACCUGUCCAGCUCUACCAUCACGGAUAGGACACUGAUUUUGUUGGCGGAGAAAUGCCCAAACCUCAAGAGCCUUACUCUGUCCCAGGGAGACUAUCAAUUCACCCGGCGCGGAUUGGAAGUGAUCGUUCGGCAGCUGACUCAGUUGCAGCAGCUUUCGGUCCGGAAUUGCGCACUGGUGGACGACGAGCUGGUAACGCUGCUGGCACAGAACUGUCCCAGGCUGGAUCUGAUGGACUUUGAGUGUUGCCGAAACGUAACCGACCGAUCGGCGGACGCAAUCAAACGGCUCAAGCUGACCAAGUUGAACCUCUCGCGGACGCAAAUUUCGGACGAAUUUUUGAAAGCGAUCGCAAACGAAGAGUGCGGAUGCUCGCUGGAAGAUCUGAACGUUGGUCACUGCAACAUUACCGGUGCGGGGCUGGGGAUGUUGCCUUGGGAUACCAUCAAGUACAUUGGCUUCGAGGGAUGCGAGAUCAAUGAUCUCGAAUUUAUCGGAAUGAACAAGAACCUCAAGUACAUCCAAUGGACGAUAUCCAACUGAUGGAUAUUUCGCCACGCACAGUGGACAUGCAAUAUUUAACUAACCGUUGCGUAUAUAUUUCCGAUACCACUUACAUUCAUCAGUCGUUCGGGACGAUAUGAUGAUCUCAUUAGGUACUUUUAGAGUUACAAUUAUCCAAUUAUAUUGAACAAUUCCCAUAUUUUGGAUGCACCCUAACAUGGAACCUUUAAAGCAAUUACUAUUUAUCAUACACCAUAGUAUUUUGACCGAUAGAUUUUUAGUGUAAUUCAUGGCUUUCUCAUAAGGGAAACUACUUAUUUAGGACACUGGAAGCACAUAUUUUAGUACUACUUAUCGAAAACGUACCAUAUAAUCAAUCUAAAGUAAAUCAUCGAAAGCUCUAAACGACUCUGCCUAGUUGAAAAAAUGGAACAAUUUAUAUGAGCAAAUAUAACGACACCUUGCCAAUUUUUACGCUAGUGAACCAUUUUCGAGGACCAAGUUCGAAUUUUCGUCUUUUCUAAAACUACUUUCGGCUUCCUGCCUUUGUCCCUAAUUUAUCCACGAAGCUUCUCAUUUUGGUUAUCCACCGAUUGAUUAGAUUCAUUAUUCAAUGUCUAUUCUAUCUAGACUUCCUAGCCUAUGCCGUUAUCCCUGAAACAGGAAACAAACUAAAUGUCUGUCGUAAAAAAAUCCCUAAGAUCACAUGUUGCCCUUUUGAACAGCGUGCGUAGAUGCGCUGUGAAACUACCAAAAUGAAAAGCACACAGGAUGCAAAAAUGGUAGUACCAAACCAAACAAAAAAGUACACACUAAAAUAGCAAACAAAUUCAAAAGAUGUCUUAUACUUAAAAAAAACUGAAACACACAAACACACGACACAAUAUAUUCACGGACCAUUCAUACGUCGCGCUUUUGAUAGCGGCGCGCGACAACCUCUAGCUAACUAGUUUCUAGACAUAUUAUAUGAGCAAAACAGAAGUAUUUAAAAGUAAUAAGAACAGCAACCACUUCACAAGUGAUAACUCAGCUGCAGAAUGGAGCUAAUUAUUUGAUCAAAUCAAAAUUUCAACUUGUACUAUUGAAAGUUUAGGAACUACUAACAUUCACUACUCACAUUUUAAACCUAAUGAAUGCCCCAGAGUACGGCUGCAAUAGUAAUAUCUCAACUAAUGAAUCUCUCCCCGCCCUCAAGUUGUCAUUCCUCUGUGUCUGUCUAAACUACCACCUAAACCGUACGGAUUAGAUACUGAAUAAUAAUCUACCUUACUAUGUGAUGUCUUAAUGAUAAAAUUAGCACUAAACGAUCGCAAAUUACUAUGUCGAACACUUUUAACGGAUACCUAAUAACACUUCAUAUAGUGAAUUACUACGAUAACACAUACAUAACGGAAAACAAGGAAAUUGUAACACCAUACGGAGCGGAAUUUUAGCGUAGGAUAGUCGCAAGCUUUUAGGCCCAUAUUAAUGGAAAAUUAAAUUGAAUGUACACCAAAUGUGCGCAGUCAGUGAGAUGGAUGGGCAUUGUUGGUCUUGAAGGUGGGUUUUUGGUUUUUUUUUAACGGGUAAAUGAAAGCUACAAGGGACAGCCCUAUGGGGUUGUACGCAAUGAUGACGUAGGACUACGUGGUCUUAUAUAAUAAAUCUUAUUUGUUAACUACAGCAGGAGCUUGUGUUUUGUGUAGGAAUGGGAAUUUGAGCGGGGUUCUCUCGGUUUAUACUCUUUAGUAUGACGCGCUUGACAUAGAUGGCCCACAGUGACUCACGAAGAGCUACUGAUUCCGAUCAAUAGCGGUGCUGCUUCUUCCUCCUUCUAUGGAUGAUCAUGUGGGUUGCAGCUCUCUGCUUGCAGACAGCCUUUCGUUGUGUACUGGAGAACACCAUCACUCACCACGCGGUGAUUGAAUAACCAAAAUGGAAUUUGAAAUCUGUGUUAGGGAAACCGCUUUAUCGCUUUAUCAAAGCAACAGUUGCACUUUCUAUCAAUAGACCUGGAAUUAGGCGUAGCAGCUUUUGUAAACAAUGACUUCUCUCGAUGAUUUUUAGGAAUCCAAGACACGCCCACGCAAACCAACAUUACCGUCGGGUAGGGGAAGUCUUACCCUACCUGAUGGUGAUGUUGAAUUCAAUUGCGUGGGCGUGCCUUGACUUUCAAGACAUCAUCGGAAGAAGUUAUUGUUUACAAAAGCUGUUACGCCCUAAUUCCAGCUCAAUCUUGAUAUGGGAACUGACAUCCGAUUUAUGACCUUGACAAAUGUCCAAAAAAUAAUCUUUUUCAAAAUUAUGGUGGUCCUGAAAUGGACCGUUUUGUCGUGAUGGUUGAGUAAUCCUGAGCUAUUAGGGUGUUAAACACAGAUGAGGCUGGUGAGCCGUAUGUUGUUCGGAAUGAGGGUGACGCGCUUGGCAUAGAUGGCCCACAGCGACUCACGAAGAGCUACUGAUUCCGAUCAAUAGCAGUGCGGCUUUUUUCUCCUUCUAUGAGUGCUUAUGUGGGCUGCAACUCGCUGCAUGCAGGCAGCCUUUCGUUGUGUACUGGAGAACACCAUCACUCACCACGCGGUGAUUGAAUAAACACCGUUUGGUGAGACCUGAUGGAAUUCAACUUUGAAAUCUGUGUAUUUGAAAUUUUUUCGCAAGCAAAUUGGUGACAAUUUUAAUUAUCAUAGCAACAGUUGCACAUUCGUGCAAUUUUCAAUAGUUAAAUUUUAAAAAAUGAUACAGUCUUAAGACAGACAAACAGACAUAACACAUUGAAUAUUUCUCACUGUAAAACAUCGUCGCUAAAACAUUACCGUCAUCUGUUGAGUACACUGUGGUGGGCCGUACGCUGAAUAGAUGGCGGUAGUGUGUAAACGUCAAUCGCAGCACACUUAGAAAAAAUCACCGACUUCGGUAAUUCAUUUACCGAAUUCUCAACAGCUGAACGGUCGGUAAUGUUUUCGGUAAUCGAGAACAUUACCGAAAAAUCUGUAAACUGGAUCAGCAAAAUUAGCUGUCAAAUUUACCGAACGAUCGGUAACGUUUACCGAUGUGCAUUGCUUGAUUUGUAGUCGACUUUACCGGAGAACUGUAAUUUUGAGGACGAUAUGCAAAUCGAAAAUUACCGAGA